CACGAUGAAAUGACCAUCUAGAGCUUCUGUUCCAUUGAAGAUUUUUCUUAAAAUUUUCAUUUAAUUUUCAGCACCUAUUCAUGUGUAGAAAGUGGAUUUAUGGGAUGCCAAUCAACACCUCCUUUCUACAUAUAAAUAGAGUUAAUAGUCAGCAGACAAUAAUGGUCACCAGUCACCUUCCUUCCCCUCCUCCUCCUUUGCAUGGAACUAACACCACCUUGGCAAAUUACCACAUUCUUGCCAAGGCUCCAAAACCUCAAACUAAACUGUGUUGUUAUCUCAACACACAUAUACCAACACCAGAAACCAAUAUUUACCUGAUAGGAGGAGAAGAAUAAUGGAGUGGAGGAUAAAUGUGGGAGAUGGUUCAUCAAAGGCAUUGGCCCCAAAGGCAAGUUGUUUUGCCGCGAAACUAUGGGCAGCCCUAAAGGAAUCCUUCAUGGCGUUCAUUAUCAGGAUUAGAGGGUUCUUCCUGAAAGCAUGGAAGUUAGGGGUGGAUGACCCUAGGAAAUUUGUCCAUGGUAUUAAGGCAGGAAUGGCUCUUACACUUGUCUCACUCUUUUACUACAUGAGACCUCUGUAUGAUGGUGUUGGUGGCAAUGCCAUGUGGGCUGUUAUGACUGUUGUAGUUGUCUUCGAGAACACCGUAGGUGCAACAAUCUACAAAAGUCUGAACAGAGUGUUUGCUACUUCUUUAGCUGGAUUUCUUGCCUUGGGAGUCCACUGGGUUGCUAGCCAGUCUGGACGGAGAUUUGAACCCGUCAUUAGUUGUCUAGCAGUCUUCUUGUUAGCCUCUGCGGCAACUUUCUCCAGGUUCAUCCCAACUAUAAAAGCGAAGUUCGACUAUGGCUGCCUGAUCUUCAUCCUCACUUUCAGCAUGGUUAGUGUAUCAGGAUACCGGGUUGAGCAACUGUUUGAUGUGGCUAAUCAAAGGAUGGCCACAAUCAUCAUAGGAACUUCCUUGGUCAUCAUCGUGACCAUGUUCAUCUGUCCGAUCUGGGCUGGCCAGGAGCUCCAUGCCCUCAUCAUCCGUAACAUGGACAAGAUCGCCAAUUCCUUGGAUGGAUCCAUGGACUUGUAUUUUGGUCAGAAAGAGGAAGAAACUGGUCCUGACAAACAACUUGGCAACAAGUCGCUUGGUUAUAGAUGUGUGCUGGGCUCCAAAGCCUCUGAAGAGUCUUUUGCGAAUUUCGCUAGAUGGGAGCCAGCACACGGCCAAUUCAGCUUCAAGCAUCCAUGGAAGCAGUACCUGAAGGUCGGAGCCGCCUUACGAAGCUGCGCGUAUUGCAUCGAGGCGCUUAACGGUUGCAUCAACUCAGAGAACCAGGCUCCGGAUGCUGUUAAGAAACACCUGAAGGAAGCUUGCGAGAGGGUGAGCUCGACUUGUUCCAGCAUCACAAGAGAGCUAGCCAAAACCAUCCAAACAACGACGAGAUCGCCCACCGUGGACUUCCUGACGAAGGAGAUGAACGUUGCGGUUCAGGAGCUCCAUAAUUCGCUGAAAUCGCUUCCUGACGCGCUGAAGGAGGAAUCCGAAUCAGAGUCGGAGUCGGAAUCGGCGGAUUGUGAUGCGAAAUCAGCAAGGGUCGUGCCUCUGAUGGAAGUGAUUCCAGCGGCGACAUUUGCCUCUCUGCUGAUUGAGAUUUCUUCGAGGGUUGACAGCGUGGUUGGGACAGUGAAGGAGCUGGCGGAGAUGUGCGAAUUCGAAGUCGGCGGUGGGAGUAGCAGUGGAAAAUCGACGUCGGAGUUGGAAACAGUGAAGGUCCUCGAGAGGGUCUGAGUUUUCUUCUGGAAUUUUCUUCAGGAUGGGAAGUUAGCUCGUAAAUUUGUGUGUAGAGAUUUAUGUAACAUACCACUGAUCGGAUGAUACUACUUACGACGUAAUAAACUUUCCUCGCUAUCAAUUCUGCCUCCAAGAAAAUCGACGAGGGUUG